CACCCAGACCCGGCCAAAUGAAAGUCAGAGCUUCUAAGCCUCUGAGAGAAGCAGAGAGAGAGAGAGAGAGAGAGAGAGAGAGAGAUUGGCAUUUUCUCCAUUUCUGAAACUCCCUUCGAAGCUCCAUUUUAUUCGUCUAACUCCGUUUCAUAUCCUUCCCAAUCUCCGCCGACCAAUUUCAAAGAAGUCGUCAUCGUCGUCGUAGAGAACUGGCUGUUCGACUUGGCGGCGGUCUGUUGAAUGAGUGAUUCGUAGCAAAAACCUCGAGAGAAUGGCGGAGCAGAGAACCGACAAGGUUGCUCCACCAGAGGAGGAAGAAGAGAAGAAGAAGAAGAAUGCAGAUCCGGAAUUGUUAAGCUACUUGCUUCAGCCUGCCACCGCCGAUUAUUCCGAUCCCCAAUACGUUGGCAUUCGUCGACUCCUUCUUCAUCGUAAGGCUGUGUCCGGUGUCCUUCUUCGCCGUAGAGAUUGGAGAUGCAACGGAAAAGGUUAUGUAGCCUACCGUAAUUACAUUCGCAGACCAAGGAAUUGGGAAAGUUUGCAAAUACCAAGCCUCCAUAGCACUCCUGGAAACAGCGGCCAAUGGAUUCCACCUCCAAGUCCACUGUCCCUUCUGUAUGAGGUGGAAAGCUGGACUUCUAGCAGGGAACUCCAAAGUGGUAAUCCAGCUUCAAGUCACAGAAAUAGUUUUGGCUCAACUACCAGUGAUAACGAUCGUCCACGUCAUCGAGGUGUUGAACCUGCAUAUUCCUUUGUGGGAAUGCACUGUAUCUUUGACCAGAGCAAAGCCUCCGUUACGGUUUUGAAGUUUGGACAUAUGAGUUCUGAUCUACUUGCAUAUGGGGCAUCAGAUGGAACCUUGACAGUGUGCACUGUUGCGGAACCACCUUCAAUAAUCACACAAUUGAAAGGCCACUCCAAGGAUGUUACAGACUUUGAUUUCUCAUCCAACAAUCAGUACAUUGCAUCAUCAUCGAUGGAUAAAACUGUGCGAGUAUGGGAAAUAUCAAAAGGUCUUUGCAUCCGAGUAAUAUAUGGAGUUUCUUCACAAAUGUGUAUUCGUUUUCACCCUGUAAAUAACAAUUUCCUUUCGGUUGGCAAUGCAAACAAAGAAAUUACGGUUUUUAAUUUUAGCACUGGGAGGAUUAUUCAUAAAACAGUAUUUGACGGUGAAGUUACCUCUAUGGACCGUGAUCACACUGGUCAUCUCAUUUUCUGUGGGGAUUCACUGGGAUGUAUAUACUCUGUGAGUAUCAACUCUCACACAGGAGCAUUAUCCCGUGCUCAUCGCCAUCGAAGUAGCAGCAGGCACAAAUCUCCAGUCACAACUGUGCAGUACCGAACUUUCUCCCUGCUUGCCCGAGGGCCCGUAUUGCUGACAUGUACUCAAGAUGGGAACUUGUCUUUCUUCAGUGUUGCUCUGGAAGUACAAGGUUAUUUGACUCUUCGUUGCUCACUCAAAUUAACUCCACGGAUACACAGCAUUAGGGCAUCAUUCUGCCCAAUGCUUUCCCUUGAGAAAGGAGAAUAUAUAGUUGCAGGAAGUGAGGACUCAAAUGUCUACUUUUAUGAUUUAACUCGACCAAAGCACACAUGCGUAAACAAGCUACAGGGUCAUCGAUUUCCAGUUAUGGAUGUUGCGUGGAACCAUGGAGAAAACUUGUUGGCUUCAUCUGACUUUUAUGGCACGGUUAUUGUGUGGAAGAGAUCAAAGACAAGUUAAAACAAAAGAUUUGUAUUAUUAAUUGUAUCAGUAACAUAAGGGGUAAUCAUCUUUUGGUUUGUAUCUUUUAAUUUGAUUUAUUAGAUUUUUCCAUGAUCAUUUUUUUCUUUUUUCUUUUUUUUUAAUGAAAUGGCCAUUAGUAUUUAGUAAGAAGGUAUUCUUUCCUUUUAAGAAGUUUCAUGGUGUACAAGCGGUGCAUUCAUGGCUGCUUAUGUAUCAAACCUCUUGAUAGGUUCCUGAUAAAUAAAGAUGAAUGGCAUGGCAUGGCAUGCUUCAUUUGGUGGUGUUGUA